UGCUUCCGACUUUGUGGAAACAGUUUGGGGAGGAACCACAUAUGACUGGUAAAGUGCAGGAUAGGUGUUGGAACAGAACUUCAGGUGUUCAAGAUUCUGCAAAGUGAUAGCAUGGAAAUGGAGAAAAAAGAAAAAAUGAUGGAGAGGAAACUCAACGUCUGAAGUAUCUGUUUGUUUCACACUCUUGCCAUCGAUCAUCGCUUGAGCUAAUCCGCUAGCAGGAACCACAUUCAGUUUCUGGAAAUGGUUUGGAAUAUAAAUCUUGUUAGCGUAGCGUGAUGGGCUAAUGAACAUCUGAUGGGGCAGCGUUUUUGAUCCUGGCGUUUCAUCCCUCUGUGUUAGCAUAACACUUGUUCCACUGCGCUGAUGGAAUGUAGCGCCGGGGACGGACAGCAGUGAAGAUAUCUCCGAUCUUCUCUGACAUGCCUUCCAGCCAUGCGACAUCUGAGUGACAGCAUUCCCAGCGCUCCCAGCGUUCCCUGCGCCCGGAGCUGUUCCUCCGUAACCUGGUCCUUCUCUGUAAAUCAAGGAUUGCACCUUCACGUCUCGGACCAGGCUCGAGGUUCAAGUCCCAAAGCACUCAGGAAAUAUGACUUCAGAUUGCUGACUCUUUCCGCUUUUCACAGACGCGGCCUCGAGGCGUCAGGAAUGUCGGCGCCGUUGCCUCGGACGAACGGAUCGCUCGUGGCCUGUGGGAAGCGAUGUGUUCUGUCGCUGAGACGUGAGCGCAGUGGAAACAGAGAUCAAAACAAGAAAACCAAAGAAUCUGAAGUAAAGAAAGGAGCGAACGUGGCUGAGAGAAUUGUGGAUGGACACGGGGAGACGAGUGAGGAGAAGAAGAGAGCGCAGAGCGGCGUAUUGAGGAUGAGAGCCAGAGAGACGCCGGACCCUCGACCCUCCACUGCACCAGCAAACACUUGGGCGAGAUGGAGUGAUGUUAACUCACUCACACCAGGUUCUCCAGGCUGCAGGAUGUUUUGGAAAACCCCUGACACUUCAGAUGGCACCUUGACCGGAAAUCCUGUACUUCACCUCUACCUGCCGAACUCCCUGCCCCCUGACACCAGGAAAGAAGCGGAAAGACGGGAUGCUGAAACGCAGAACAGAACUCGAGGACCGACCUGCGAAAUCGGUGGCAUUACCAGAGGUACUGGACGGUGUGAUGCUUCUAAAGACAUCAUUACCACAGAAACAGGAAGCGAGCAAAAGCAUGAAACAGAAGAAGCUGACAAAGACGGCAAAAAACAAAGAGGCAGCCGGAAUGAGUUAAAUGAAAAAGACGAGAACCUGAAAGAAAAUGGUUACAACGUCGAUCAGGAUCCGAGCGAAGAACACGGUGCCGUCGAAGAGUCUGGAAAGUCAGGUGAUGCGCCUCGACUCACAGCAGCAGCACAUCUGGAUGUUUCAGAGGAACAACACAAAGCACCAAAUAUGAAGAUAAAAUCUCACAUGAGGAACAAAGAAACCAAUCGGAAGAGGAUCCCGACUCUUCCAGCUCCGGCUUCAUUGGUCCCUGGAACUCACUCUUCUCACUUGCCAUCGAUCUUGUCGUUUUACGGCUCCUCUAUUGGCCGUUGCGUCAGAACGCCCCGCCCUCCGGAACGCCGCCGAGCCAAAGCGCAGCACGAUCCAGUUGAUAAAAAAGCUGUAAAACCUGCGACUGAAACACCCCCGAGCUUAGACAGGAGAGGAAAUCAGAACAUCUUGAAAACAGAACCCAGAGGAACAACUGCUCCACGCCCCAAAAUAACGAUCUCGGAGUGGUGCUGUGAGCCUCUGCUAUCUCGUAAAACCAAAACCACCAAGACGUUCGUGUGGGGGCCCCGAGGCCCUCAGGAGACCAAGAGUGUGUGUGAGCUGCAUACACGAAGCAACAGGUGGAGGGGUUCGGACUGACAUGGUGGUCUGGAUGAACACGGCGUGUUGUGUCAUCCUAAUUAUCGUGUUCCUGUCUGUUAGUGUGUUUACUG